AUGGCUACAAGCAACGAGCAGCUCAUCCAGUCUCUGUGCGACCUCGAAAUCCCAAAGUCUAUCCGGAUUUCCCCGGACCGCAAGAAGGUGCUCUACUCCUCCGAACUCACAUGGGGCCAUCGAAAGGGGAAAUUCGCGGUAUCUACCCUUUGGUUGGCCUCAACCGACGUCCCUGAUUCUUCAGUUCAGCUCACUCCGGGACUGUUUCGCGACUACGCCCCCGCCUGGAGCCCCGACGGAACGGCGGUGGCAUUCAUCUCAGAUCGGGCUGGUGCAGGCACCAAGUGGGCUCUAUAUUUGCUGCCAUUGCAGCAGGGUGGAGAAGCCUAUCCUAUAACGCCGGUGGGGAAUGCGAGUCCCAUCACGGCCUUUGCAUUUUCCCCGUGCGGCUCGCAUAUUGCCUUUCUCUCCGCAGACGAGGAUCCUCAGUCCACAGAACUACGGGCCUGGGGGGAAUCUUGGCGAUUUACUCAGUUGAGAGUUGUUGAUGUACGUACAAAGCGAGUGCGGACCGUCAAGCUCGACAGACAUGUCACUGGUCUAUGUUGGAGUCCAGAUGGAACUCGCAUAGGGUUUUCGAGUUGCCUCACACCCGACAUUGAAGAGCCUCACCUUACCGGAACGGCCAUCUCUGUCAUUGAUACUGACCUUGUCUCUAUAGAAGAGCUGUGUCACUUCCCUAGGGUGGUCAUUGACCUUACAUGGGCCGUCGACGGACAUCUCUACUUCUGUGCAGGUGUUCCCGCGAGCAAGACGUUUGCCGGCCAUGGCGUUUACCGAACCGAUUCUGGCAGUCGGGACCACCGAUAUGAGUGGUCAGCAUUUGGACUUGAGGACGACUCCAUCGGCCUCGCUCGUGACAGUAAAGGGACCCUUGUUGUGCAUGUGCAACAUAGGCUUGAUUCUCGUGUAUGUCUCCUCGACGGCACAGUUCUAUACAGUAAACCGGAGGAACUUGAAGCGUUCGCCGUUGAAUCCGACGCGGAUGGUAAUUUUGUCCUCGCCGUGGCAACUUCAAACAUCAACCAACCUGCCGAAGUCUAUACGACUAACUCGUCUAAUGAGGAGACCAUGACGAAGAUAUCAAACCACGGAAAUCGUUUCGCUGACCGUCGUUUUGGCACGUGUAGUUUCUUGACGCAGAUAUCAUCGGAUGGCGAGGUUGAGCUAGACGCCCUCUACUUAACCCCAAAGUCUUAUGCGUCUAGUGAUACUCCCUGUCGUCCGUUGCCAACCGCCGUGCUCAUCCACGGCGGACCCAACACCCGUCUGACAAAUGCAUUUAACACAUAUUAUUAUAUGCUAGCUCCGUAUCUGUUGUCCCUAGGUUUCGGAAUAUUGCUGCCGAAUUAUCGUGGAAGUAGCGGCCGCGGAGAGCGCUUCGGGUCUUAUUCUAUCGGAGGACUCGGCGUAUACGAUUAUGCGGAUGUGAUCACACUUACACAGUGUGCGAUAGACAGGGGCUAUGCAGAUAAAGAAAGAUUGUUGGUAGGCGGCUGGAGCCAGGGGGGCUUCUUAACCAAUCUUUGCAGUGUGCGUAAUGGCUCGCACGAUGGAGAUUGGCGGUUCCGGGCUGCUAUAGCCGGUUCUAGCAUCUGCGACAUUGAUUCCAUGGCCCUGACCUCUGAUCUUGGCUGCGUCUUUGAGCCCGAACUCUCCCGCGAUGGUGUUGCGUGGAAUAUGGACUUUGAUGACACACGAAACCGCUCCGCGAGCGCCCUGUGGGCAUUCAAAGAAGCCUCGAGGCGGGCAGACGCUGAAGGUGCCCCCGUGGUGCCCCCGAUGCUGAUAUUACACGGGGAGGCAGACGCUCGAUGCCCUGUAACUCAAGCAUGGGCUUUGCGGCGCGCUUUGCGGAGCUAUGACAUCCCAUUUGAAUUGGUUAUUUAUCCCCGUCAGGGCCAUUUUUAUGAAGACCAGAAAUAUUGGGUUGAUAUGGUGCUGAGAACUGGACGAUGGUGUGAGAAGUAUAUUGGCGAUGGGCGUUGA